CAAUCAGGUUGGAAUUCCUUUGCUUUUCCAUUCUGAUUCCCGGGACUCUCGGUAGACUUGCUGCCGCCGCGUAAGAGCGCCCAUGCACCGCAGGAGACGGUAGAUCGAAGCAACCCUCCUCCUAUAGAUCACACCCACCAGAAGAUGGACAGUACGACAACAAAAGACCAGUCCGAAGACGGUCCGUCACUGGGCGGCGUCUUUGGGGAAGUUGCUACCACCGCCGCCGAAGCCGCUGCUGCCAUCGAUGGUCUCCCAACAAGAUCAAACUCGAAUGUUGCGUCGGAUACGACAUCACCGGACAUUAUAGGACCAAUAGUCUCAUAUGCGCCGUCGAUCGCACCUGCGACCUCGAGGAGUGGGGCGGGAAAGACAGAGGGUGGUGCUGCUGGAACUAGUAGAGGCGAAACAUCACAAGAACCCGUAGAAUCCGACACAGACCCCACCCCAACGCCGACAUCCACACCCCGUCCCAAAUCCGCCGACCGCACCGGCCUGGCCAGCCGUCUCCUCCGCCCGCACCUCAAACUCGAAUCCAAACCCGACGCCUUCCUCACAGUCGUGCAGUCCGCGCGCGUGAUGAACAUGGCGACGACGGAAGGGUCCGCGGUAUCCAAGGCCGCGUUCUACGAUAACAUGCUGGCGAGCCUGCAGAGCGGGAAUGACGAGAACUUGGCCCUGUCGAAUGGGGUUAAGGCGGCGAAGAUGGCGGAUGAGGAGAGGAAGAAGAGGAAGGAGGCUGUGAUGGUGGGCGAGCCGAAUGCUGCGUCGCAGGGAAGCGCUGAUAUCGCCAAUGCACCACCCCCAACACCGUCAAACCAACCACCAUCAACCCCAACACCCACCACCCCUCUCGCAAAACCCCUCACUGAGAGCACCCCACCCCACGCCUCCACCGACUCCCUCGCCUCCACCGACCUACCCGCCACCACGAAAGGCAAGCUGAAACUCCGCGGUCUCUUCGACCGCAUGAUCAAACCCUCCGUCGCCGCGCACGCCGACGACUCGCUGAUCGAUUCCGCGAUGGACGGCAAGGGCACGUCGAUGGCGCAUCUACGUGUGCUGCACAAGAAGGUGUGCAUGACUGUAGAGGAGUACGACGCCAUGACACACACCCAGGCCGUCGACCGCGAGAAAUCAAUGCACCAAUCCUUCAAAUCCGCCCUCCUCAAAGCCGAGACGGAAGUACGCAGCGCACUCAAAGCCGAGUACGAGGACCGGAUAAAACACGACGAAUGUAACGCCCGCAUCUCCGUGCUCACCCGUGAGAACAAUAUUAUGGUCGACGAAACGACCCGAACCAUGGCCCUGAACAAGCAACUACAAAGCGAAGUUGAAGCCCUCCGGAUUUUUAAAUCCUCGGCGGAGUCAGAGCAGCGGAUGAUGGUUGAGGAACUGGCGAGGAGGAGGUUGCAGACCCGGGCUAUGCGGGAGAAAUUGAGGGAGGUUAAUGGGAGAUUGAGUGUGUUGGAGGCUAGGGAGAAAAGCGAUGAGGGGGAGGUGACCCAAGCAGUGUCCGUGGGAGAGCCCAUAGGCGAGGCAACGAGCAAAGUGGACGAUGCGUUAGAGGUGGAGUGGGAGGAGUGGUGCCGCGCCAAACAGUUCAACCCCAGCAGGUGGAACAUCUCCACCGCGCCCGGGUUGCUCGCUACCCCUCCGCCACCAAGCGUGAUACAUUGCGGGGACACGAAUGAUGAUGUGGAUGCGGGGGAAGCGAGGUGUUCGCGGCCGCACUCUGCAGGCGUGUUACGGGUGGUGCCGGAGGAGGAUGGAUCAAGAAAGGCGUUCCUAAAACAUGUGCAUGCUGCGUGUCGGGCUGCGCAGGGGAAGUUGAGGAGGAGGGUUGCGAGGGAGGAGGCGCGGAGGAGACGGAUCCUGACAGAUUGGGCCGCCCACGACGCCGUCCUGACCCGGAUCGCAGACACGAUACAGCAGCGUGCGGGGAUUGCUCCUAGCACCAACGAGGCUAUUAGCCGCGCUUCGUCGCACGACGAUGUGGGCAACGAUGCGGAGUCUCAUCUAGAAGGGGACCUCAACACACCACCCAAGCCCGUGCACACCCUAGACCUAACAACCUUACAAUCCCUCAUCGACGAACUCCGAUCCCACAGCGCAUCCCUCCACGUCCAGCUCACCGGCACCGCAUCAUCGUUCUCAGACGACACCUCCGCCUAUGACUCCGAAUCUAAUGACUCCGACUCCCACAUCCGACUCCCCACAUCCCCUCCAACCCAUGUACCACCCCCCCGCACACGGCCAGUCUCCGCCCGCCCCCGCCACCGCCCCUCCAGCGCCCCCCUCACCGGCUUCGGCGCCGGGAUCCCCACCACUGAAGCGCUCCUCUCCCCCACCGCGUUCGCGCGCCCGCGCAUCGCCACGGCGCGAUACCAGACCGAUGCGGCAAGGGCGGCGCGCGAGGCGGGGGUGGUUGAUAAGGCGGCGGAGGCUGCGGAGGUGGUGCUUCCUGCUGCGGUGGUGAGGAAGAAGGGGAGGGGGGUUGAUGAUGUGUUUGUGGAGGCUGUUGGGGUGAGGGAGUUAAUCGGGGAGGAGGACGGGCAUGGGAUCGUCGGGGGUGGGGAUCCGGCGCAUGAGACGCCGCGAACACCCAGCGAGAAACAGCAGCAGCAGCAGCAGCGGGGAAUACCCCCGCCAUCGCACGGCGGGUUGCAAGCGGCGCGGUUUGGCGGGGAAGAUAUCGCGGCGUGGUUGGAGCGGCGGAAAGCGGGGGGUGAAGCUGUUUCCGACGACCGUGUCGACGCUGCGUACGUACCACCACCAACAUCAGCAACAGCAACAUCACCAAUACGACCGCAAAGCGCUCCGAUCGCGCGGCGUCCCGGAGAAUCCACAGACGAUGUGCAAGACGACACACCCCCCACCCCCGCGAACGCAAACCCACACACCACCUCGCACCGACCGGCAACAGCCCCACCGACAAAGCACACCCACCCGCUUGCGCGCUACAACGCUUCACACCGCGGUCAUGUCCCAGCGACACUGAAAAGGUUCACCACACCCACUGCCUCUCAUCGGCCGGUUUCGGCACCAUCACGCACAACACCGGGCUUGGGUGUGGGUGGCAUGUGUGUUGGGAAGGCUAUCAGUUUGCCUGUACGCGCUGCCUCGGUUGUGCCGGGGGGUGGGGCGCGCAAGAGGGGCAAGGAGGGUGAUGUCGGUCGUGGGACCGGGGUGGGAGGGAAGACGGGGAAGGGGGGUGUGGGUCUGGUGGGGUGA